CGCCACACUGAGCUCUGGAAGCUAGCUGUGACGGACAAAAGCCACACACACACACUUGGCAUGGAUAGCAAAGUCCUAGCGCUGGUGGCCCUGCUGACGGUCACCAUAUGGAGCCCAGAGACUGAAGCUAAACCCAUCAGUCUGGUGGAGAGAUGUUGGUGCCGGUCCACUCACAACACCGUCCCGCAGAGGAGCAUCCGUGAGAUUAAGUUCCUCCACACGCCCAGCUGUCCUUUCCAAGUCAUUGCCAAGCUGAAGAACAACAGAGAGGUCUGCAUCAACCCCAAGACCAAAUGGCUGCAGCAGUAUCUAAAGAAUGCCAUUAGCAAAAUAAAGAAGAAGCGCUCAAAGUAAACAGCUGAGGAAGUGUGGGGAGGACCAUGGUGCAUCUCUGAGCUCCAAAGAGGCACACGUCCUCUUCUCUCGCUCUCUUUGAUCACUCCUUGUCUUUCUGGACUGCUUGCACAAACAGCACUUCACCUAAACCUGCCUCUCAAGCAUCCAGACAGCCUGCAGCUCACCAAAACACAAGCCAACACCUUCCUCCUGACGCACUGCUACUGCUGGCUGUGAUUAUUGACUGGUGCACGUGUGCGUCAAUGAAGCGACUGAAUGUGACCGUGACCGUUUGAAUGGGAAGGCAAGAGAGAUAUCUACAGGUUUUCCGCAACUUAAAGGGCAGUAAAAAUGAGAGUUUGUGUCAUAGCUGUGAGGGAUGUCUAACCUUUAGGAUAGUUUGGGAUUAAUAAGGGACGUAAGCAAGUGAAAAUGAAGCAGAAAUUUAAAACGGUCCUGUUCAAGCUUUCACUUUUUGCUAUUUUGCUGCUCAUAGCUUAGUAUAAGUGUUUAAAAGCUCGCCAGCACACAUGAAUGAUCCAGCAUGCUAACACUAGCCCUGUUCCAAAACCUAGUGAGCCACCUACUGAACAAAAAAAUUGGUGUAGAAACAAUUUUCACUC